GCCAAUAUACCCAAUACACCGCACUUCCUCCUCUGCCUUCUCUGGUCCUUAGUCCUGCGCGAACCCGUUAGUCUUGCGAAACUGCGAAACUUAAAACCGGGACGGCAACCAAAAAAAGAACCAGAAGGCACAUAAACGGCACAUACGGCUUAUACCUGGAUGGUCAUCAUCUAGCACGCCAACCUAGCACGCAAUUUCUCACCUCGUUUCACCGUACUCUUUAAUGAUCACCAUAGUCUCUCGGAUGGUGCAAUCUGAAUAAAACUCGCCUAAGGCUUUGUCCUUCGACCGGGCCACCACUCCAAUGCCCCUCGACCUCACCACCAUGGAUAGUCUCCCGUCCGUACCGAUACCCAACGGCCACGAGCCGUCGUCGAGACAGAAUGGUCACACUUUGCUUGCAAACAACGCCACCCUGACGAAUCUAAACCUCAUAUCCCCCACUAAGAAUUACGAUCACUUACAAAGACCGUCGCUGUUGUCCUUCCCGAACGAUCACCCCAACUCGAAACCGUCGAGAGAUAAUUGCGAUAGGCGAAGGCCCGAAGACCCGGAGGACGCCUCUCGUCUACCCAAUAUGUCCCAACAACUUAUGAGCCAAUCUGUCACCCCCUUCCUGCGGGAACAUAUCCCUGGAUUAUACGCACCGAUAGGAAAACCCGAUCUUCCGUCCAUGACUGCUUUGAAGACGAAGGACCCAAACAGUAAAUAUUGCUAUAGGCACCGCCCGGAUUCGAAAUGUCGUAGAGCGGCUGACGAGAGUAAGAUGGGAAUAAUACAAAGUGAACUCGAAACGUUGCCUGCCGCUGAUCGACAGGCCAUCACAAAUGUUUGGUCCUUAUUUUCAGCUGCUCCUUCGAAACAUCGCGAGCUUAUGUUGCAAGGGAUCAUCACCCAAUGUUGCUUUCCACAACUCUCUACGGUAUCUCGAGAAGUUCACGAACAAUUGAAGAUAGACUUCCUGACUGCCCUGCCGACGGAGCUGUCUCUAAAAAUUCUAUGUUACCUUGAUUGCUCUUCCCUUUGCAAGGCCGCGCAGGUUAGCCGACGCUGGAAUACCUUAUCAGGUGACGAUGUCGUUUGGCAUCGAAUGUGUGAGCAACAUAUUGGUCGGAAGUGUGUGAAGUGUCAAUGGGGUCUGCCGAAGUUGGAGAAAAAGAGAUUAAAGGAAUGGAAAAUUCAACAGCAAGCCGACGUGGAAACCCAGAGAGCGCUGGCAAUUAUUGGUCAUAGCCCUUCUGUCGGAAGCCCUGUUAAGCGUAGCGCAUCAGUUUUGGAGUGCACCGAAUCCGAGUCCGCUAAACGUCAGUGCGCCAAUGGUAUUGGCAACGGAAAUAAACCUACAGGCGCACAGAAGUUCAGGCCAUGGAAGGAUCUGUACCGCGAAAGAUAUCGGGUUGGAUCUAACUGGCGCUACGGUAGGUGUACUAUCAAAACGUUCGGUGGAGAGCAUACGAAUGGGAUAACGGCUUUGCAAUUCGACGACAACAUUCUUGCUACGGGCUCUUAUGAUUCAAAAAUCAAGCUCUGGGAUAUUGAGAAGGGCGAAGUUAUAAGGACUCUCCAUGGCCAUACGAUGGGUAUUCGAGCGCUCCAAUUCGAUGAUCGGAUGCUUGUAUCAGCUAGCCUGGACGGUACAGUCAAGAUAUGGAACUGGCGAACGGGUGUCUGCAUCAACACCCUUAAUCACCAAGGCGGCGUCAUAACUGUUCAUAUGGACGGUGAUCUUCUAGCUUCGGGAUCCAUGGACAGGUCGAUCAAGAUUUUUAACUUCAAGACUCAGCAAUCGUAUUCUCUACGUGGUCACACCGAUUGGGUGAAUCAUGUCCGCCUCGAUAUGGCAUCGCGUACGAUACUCUCUGCCUCCGACGACUGUACGGUAAAACUUUGGGAUCUCGAUUCUAAAGUGUGUAUCAAGACGUUCGAAGGCCAUGUUGGACAGGUCCAGCAGGUUCUUCCACUUCCAGACGAUUAUGAGUUUGAAGACGAAACCACACGAGAUGGAGAUGCUGCCUCUGUGACUAGUAACCGUAGUGGUACACCUCCUGGCUGUUCGUCUUCAAUAUCGCAAGCUCAAGUUGAUGAAGAGCGAGCUGCAUAUGGACCCAUCUUCCAGGAUGACCCCGAUCGGCCCUUGCCCCCACGGUAUAUGCUUACUGGGUCUCUCGACGCGACGAUGAGACUCUGGGAUACAGCAACAGGAAAGAGUCCGCGAACCUUCUUUGGGCACGUCGAAGGCAUAUGGGGUCUCGCGGCUGAUUCUUUGCGAUACGUUACGAGUGCGAAUGACGCGACGGGUAAGAAUCCAGAUUCCAUCUACAUUAUCUCUGCGAUCAUAUGCUAACCCUCUUAUUAUAGUCAAAGUUUGGGAUGCUCGAACUGGAAAGUGCGAACGGACCUUUACAGGUCAUGCAGGUCCCGUGACCUGCGUCGGACUGAGCGAUAGCCGAAUGGCAAGCGGAAGCGAGGACGGAGAAGUGCGUCUCUAUAGCUUCGAGGGUGAACCCUCGGAGGUAGAAGAAUUCGGGACCCCUGCUUAAGUUCCUUAAUAUCACUGGAGUUACCGAUG